AUGUUUACGAAGGACGAGGUAUGCCAAGCCGAAAUUGGGAAUGCUGGCCAGGCGCGCGUCCUCUUUGACAAGUCUCAGCUCUCAGACCCCAUCUUGGUGGAUCGUUUCUGCCAGAAGAUGUGGGCGUUCAAGGCGGAUCCGACUGGUCAGUCGAUCGUCACCUUCGGCCCCCCUCCCAAACGCCCGGGGAAACCGUGGGUGUCUACUACCUCGUGGGGCGUCGUGCAGAUGGUGGCCCCGCUGGUGAGGCUGCGCCACAAGGGCUUCGCGCUGGAGAGGCUCGCGCUGCUGCGGAACGCGUGGUUCGCCUUCGCGUCGGUGUUGCCUGCUGGCUACGAGCCCGCCGCCGACGCACCCGGCGCUGCUCCGCCGCCCGCGCUGCGGGGAUGGCGCGCCCGCGGGGCCAGCGCCGACGCUGCUCGCGUCCUGGCGGCCUCCAGGCGGCUCUCGGCACGGCUGCGUUGCACCGCUCGCGCCGUCGGCCUGAUCUCGCGGCAGCUGGUCAAGGCCGACCGCUAG